GCUGGAGUGAACUUCACCUGUUGGACUAGCAUUCACACAUGACUCAGGAGCAGAAUGAAUCACAGCUCAUAGCAUACCAAAAUAGGAGGAAAGGCAACUUUGUCACCAUAGUAAGGGGCUGACGAGAGCUCGGAGGAGAUGUCUUCAGACAGCAGGGCUUGAAGAAAUGUAGCUUCCUCUGCUGGGAACUGCAUGUUUCUGAUUUCAUUGGAUGCCACCAACGAUCACAGAUCCUGGUUUUGAACAGGAGGAUUUGAGACAGCACUGGCACUUGUGCACUGAAGAAAUACUGGUGAAGACGUGAUCCAUCCCAGCUGCACAUACAAAUAUGAAGUUCUUCUGGAUAAUCUCAUUUUUGCUGCUGCAAGGCACUGAAGCUUUUCUGAUGAAAAACGCUAACGUCAAGCUGUGUUUACAAGCCAGCCCAAUGAAUGGGAAUGUAUUGCUGGAGGACUGUAAUCCAGAGUCAGAUUUCCAGGACUGGUCUUGGCAAGGCGAUUCUUUGAUGAAUCAUGGCACGCAGAGCUGCCUCUCUGUGGUUGGGGCUGACAGAGUGCAGACAAGUUUCUGCGACAGCGCAGACUACAUGAGCUGGGACUGCUCGAAUUCGCUGCUCUCUCCUGUGGGCAGCAGCCAGGGCUACCUGGUGGCAAAGAGGAAAGGAGUCACUCUCAACAAUGUGAGAGGCCUUAAGGCCCAAUGGCAAGAUGUUGCAGACAGGAGCGUGUGUGAGGAGAAACCAGCCAAGGCAGAGCAAGACAGCUACUUCUUUGCAGCCCUUGCCAGCACACACAUGUAUGACCACACAGCAGGGAAUGUGACUCUUGCACUGGGUAUAGAUCAAGAAGAGCUGGAGGAGCUGCUCUGGUUCUUCCGCAGAGAAGACCCAUCAACGUGGAAUUACUCCAUCCUCGCGCUUUCCUUUGUGGCCAUGAUUUUGGGUCUUGUCCUUCUGGCCAUUAACAUUGUGCGAAACAGAAAAAGGAAGAGAAUGUAUAGAGAAGCAGUGCAAACUGCGCAGCAGGCAGAGCUGGAGGCCAAGCAAGCCCUGAUGCCUGUGCAGGAAUACAGCCCCGCCGAGCCGCAAAAGCAGGAGCCAGUGCCUCAGGAGCAGAGAUCAGGAGAAGUGAUGGUCCAGUGGAAGGACGGGACCGUCACGUCUCUGUACACAGAGAGGUCUGAGGAUGCCAUAUAACAGCAGCUGAAGUCAAACCAUUUAGGCCCUAAGGAACAUAUCAGGAUGUCUCUAUUCAUAGUGAUGGAGGUUUAAAAACACAGUUUAGCCUGGCGAAACGAGAGAAAAAGAAGGAAGCAGCAGAGCUGCACCAGUAGGAGUAGCUCUGGACUCGAGGCAAACCUGUGCCUCCCCCGUUUCAGCUCCUGGGUGGCUGGUCUUUACCCACAGCUCCUGGCUACCUCCAGCCUUCUCUCCUGUGCUAGCUUCACUCCCUCCCUCGGAAGCCACCUGCCUCUGCCGCAACCAGGUGGGAGACCAGCCGGGUGGGAGGUGGGAAGUGGGAGGCUCACGCUGCGGUCAGCCAGAGAAUGCGCCCUCAUGUCCCAUCAAGAAAACAGCCACACUGAAGCGGAGGCACUUUUGUUCUUUGCAGAAAUUGUCUUUAUUAAAAUACUUUCCAAAGUGGUUGAUCGAAA